ACCACGGCCUCCACGUCCUCAUCACAGCGACGUUACUACAAGCCCUCCUGCACCACGGCCUCCACGUCCUCAUCACAGCGACGUUACUAGUGACAACCAAGCUUCCAAGUUCACAGAGAGCAUGACGAUGAAUUUUUACGCGACCAGCUUGGCCUUCCUAUCAUUGAAAGAUGGACCGCCGGGUUGUGCAGUCGCCGGCUCGUCGGUGCGCAACGCGCGUUACUAUCUCGCCUGCGCCAUGCAUUUCUGCGCAGUCGAGCCUCGCCUGUUCACUUACAUCGCGCAUAAUUUCCUCGCGCAUGCGUGGAAUGUUUAUUUAUGGUCACUACAGGACAAAUUGUCGGUAUUUGAGGAGCUGCGUUGGUUGUUAAAAGCCAUGAAGGUCUUGCUAAGGCUUCUCCCUGCGCUGUGGGAGCUGGCGAUUUUCCAGAAGCUGCCUGGAGGCCCUCGCUACUAUCAUGGCAUUAAAUUGAAUAUAAUCGAGAUGCCGUUUAUCUUGGAUGUUUGCGAAGCUUCUAGUUCAAUCAAACUUCACCUCAAAGAAUUAGCCAGAGGCUUAUACGAGUUCACGAAGCCAUCGACAGCCCUCAUUCCGGGUUAUUAUUUGACUUCCGACGAUGACGCGAGGCCUGUUGGACAACCAGGAUCAGACCAGCAGCCUCAGGCAUAUCGUAAUAUUCAAAACCCAACGAGUUAUUCUACCCCGACUUCACAGGAUAUUAUAUCUUUGCAUUCUUUGAAACAGGAAACUAUACGGGAAUUGCAUGGCUGCAUAUAUCACUUGCUCCAAAAUAAUGAAUCUGAUUGGACUGAACACAACUUCACUACGCUUCUCGAAACGUCCAAGUCCAUAGCAGAUCAUCUUUCUAAACUCUUCUGUUUGGCGAGAAACGAUUUUGACGUUGAUCGUGCAUACGUCCACGAGAUCACCAAAGUUAGUAGAAAUCUCGCUUGCUCUCAUAUGAGACUAAUCACGAAAUGCCUGAAGGAAAUCUUUCUACGGCAAAUAUUUGCUGUAAAUUUCCGGGGUAUGGCUUACCGAAAUGGUUUGGCCGCUGCAAUGGCUUUGAUAUCUGGAAUAUUAGGGACCAUAUUUUCUGUAGCAUUUAGUCGGCAUCGAGCCCGCGAAGAACUCGACUUCGUACCCAGAUUAACGUUACGAAUAUUCUUUGAACUUUCGAGGCAACUUGGUGUCGUGAACAGUGAAAUUCUUGGCGGGUUACCUGCUAUGUACGUCCGGGAAGAGAUAUUGAUAGCGGCCUGCGAGCAGCCCUAUGUAUCUUUAUUCACCGAAUACGAGAGUCUACCCCGACGUCACUCUAGUGAUAGAGAAGCAAUAGAGAUUGCCAUUGAACAAAUUAUAGAUCUCAAGUACGUGCGUCCCAUUCAAGACUGGGACUUUGAGUUACCUCCGAUGGGAGGAUGCGUGAAAGAAUUUGUUUUUCAUUUCGCUUGGACGAGUAUGGAAUAUUUUGCAUUAUAUUUUGAAUAUAAUAUUCCUGGCGAGGGACAAUUAUCCCAAUACACAGACUUCAUCAUCGACCUUCUGGUCAUCAGGACGUCCAAACUCCUAAGGUCACAUCCACUCUAUGUCAACCUGAGCUACACACUGAAUGUAUCUUCAUUCAAGAAUGAGUCGAAUUUAACGCGUAAAUUUCUAGAGAAUUUCGCGACAGACGAUGGAAGCUCUGAAGAGGACGACAAGCUCCCUCUCUUCGAAAACAUAGAAGAGUACGUUUUAAAGGACGAGCUUCAUUUUAACAGGGAAGACAGUCUAUUUAAUGACGAAUUUUUGAACUCCCUAUUGGCACGUUCAUCCAACAUGGCAACGAGCGAUCCCGCGCGAUUGGAAUCAGAAUUGAAGCCACUCCUUUUGGGAAUUAAGUGCUUGUUUAAGCGUCAAGUAACGAUGCUGCUGACUCUGGUGACGUAUAUACGAGAAAAGUUGGCAUCAGUGGGGGUCCCUUGUAAGAUAUAUGGAGUACUUAUCAACGACCAAGUCAUCGAAUUGUUACAAGAAGCACAAAAUGCAAUUCAGCCAGACGACCAAGAUCUUGUUAGGACCAUCGCUGCGCUACAAAUCUUCGACCAAGUCUUCAACGGGGGCUUGUUGACGCAAGUCCUGCGAGGAACGCUGGUGCAGUGAAGGAAUUUUGCGGUGUUGUCCUAUGUUGUGUUAUCCUUGGUCAGAAGAUAAAACCUUCAGAUCAAUAGUGCAGUUAUGCUGCUUCCAUAGGCUAUACAAAGUUUUAAAGUACUAUCACUGUUAGGUUGCAGUUAUGCUGCUUCCAUAGGCUAUACAAAGUUUUAAAGUACUAUCACUGUUAGAUUUUAUUGGUUAACCAUUGCUGCGCGAGGCAUUGCAUUGAGGAAUUAUUCAUAAUUGAAUUGACAUACAUUUUUAAUACUAAAUGGCCUUCCAUUGAUGACGUUGAUUGUUUUUUGUCAUUCAUCGUCGAAUGUUUUAUCAUUUUAUCGUUGACUGUUAUCAAUUAAAUAAUUGAAUUCAUUGUAUGUGAUUGAUUGUUGUAUCUUAACUAGGAUAAUAAAAAGUCUGAGCCGUC